GGCCUGGAUCCAGGCCCGUGCGUCCCGUCAGUCCCAGGCGCUGGGAGGCGUCAUCAGGAAAUCAUUGGGUUUACAUUAAUCGGAAUACUUGUUAAACGUUUACCCCUCACUUGCUGCCGGCUGCUUAGUGCAUUAGCUUAGAAAGCAGCAGAAAUUCUGCAGUUAAGAGCCCUGAUUUGUCCCGAGUUUGGAAAACCGGCCCCACCGCCUGCAGGGGCCCACCCACGUGGCUCUCACUGAUGGAGAAGAAGGGGAGACCUUUAAUGGCACUGGAAUCUUAGGGCAAUUAUUUCCAGUCAGAGAAGGAAACCAGUGCCUGGCAUUCUCACCAUCUUUCUACCUACCAUGAUCAAGUGCUUGUCAGUUGAAGUACAAGCCAAAUUGCGUUCCGGUUUGGCCAUAAGCUCCUUGGGCCAAUGUGUUGAGGAACUUGCCCUCAACAGUAUUGAUGCUGAAGCAAAAUGUGUGGCUGUCAGGGUGAAUAUGGAAACCUUCCAAGUUCAAGUGAUAGACAAUGGAUUUGGGAUGGGGAGUGAUGAUGUAGAGAAAGUGGGAAAUCGUUAUUUCACCAGUAAAUGCCACUCGGUACAGGACUUGGAGAAUCCAAGGUUUUAUGGUUUCCGAGGAGAGGCCUUGGCAAAUAUUGCUGACAUGGCCAGUGCUGUGGAAAUUUCGUCCAAGAAAAACAGGACAAUGAAAACUUUUGUGAAACUGUUUCAGAGUGGAAAAGCCCUGAAAGCUUGUGAAGCUGAUGUGACUAGAGCAAGCGCUGGGACUACUGUAACAGUGUAUAACCUAUUUUACCAGCUUCCUGUAAGGAGGAAAUGCAUGGACCCUAGACUGGAGUUUGAGAAGGUUAGGCAGAGGAUAGAAGCUCUCUCACUCAUGCACCCUUCCAUUUCUUUCUCUUUGAGAAAUGAUGUUUCUGGUUCCAUGGUUCUUCAGCUCCCUAAAACCAAAGACGUAUGUUCCCGAUUUUGUCAAAUUUAUGGAUUGGGAAAGUCCCAAAAGCUAAGAGAAAUAAGUUUUAAAUAUAAAGAGUUUGAGCUUAGUGGCUAUAUCAGCUCUGAAGCACAUUACAACAAGAAUAUGCAGUUUUUGUUUGUGAACAAAAGACUAGUUUUAAGGACAAAGCUACAUAAACUCAUUGACUUUUUAUUAAGGAAAGAAAGUAUUAUAUGCAAGCCAAAGAAUGGUCCCACCAGUAGGCAAAUGAAUUCAAGUCUUCGGCACCGGUCUACCCCAGAACUCUAUGGCAUAUAUGUAAUUAAUGUGCAGUGCCAAUUCUGUGAGUAUGAUGUGUGCAUGGAGCCAGCCAAAACUCUGAUUGAAUUUCAGAACUGGGACACUCUCUUGUUUUGCAUUCAGGAAGGAGUGAAAAUGUUUUUAAAGCAAGAAAAAUUAUUUGUGGAAUUAUCAGGUGAGGAUAUUAAGGAAUUUAGUGAAGAUAAUGGUUUUAGUUUAUUUGAUGCUACUCUUCAGAAGCGCAUGACUUCCGAUGAGAGGAGCAAUUUCCAGGAAGCAUGUAAUAAUAUUUUAGAUUCCUAUGAGAUGUUUAAUUUGCAGUCAAAAGCUGUGAAAAGAAAAACUACUGCAGAAAACGUAAACACACAGAAUUCUAGGGAUUCAGAAGGUACCCGAAAAAAUACAAAUGAUGCAUUUUUGUACAUUUAUGAAUCAGGUGGUCCAGGCCAUAGCAAAAUGACAGAGCCAUCUUUACAAAAGAAAGACAGCUCUUGCUCAGAAUCAAAGAUGUUAGAACAAGAGACAAUUGUAGCAUCAGAAGCUGGAGAAAAUGAGAAACAUAAAAAAUCUUGCCUGGAACAUAGCUCUUUAGAAAAUCCGUGUGGAACCAGUUUAGAAAUGUUUUUAAGCCCUUUUCAGACACCAUGUCACUUUGAGGAGAGUGGGGAGGAUCUAGAAAUAUGGAAAGAAAGUACUACUGUUAAUGGCAUGGCUGCCAACAUCUUGAAAAAUAAUAGCAUUCAGAAUCAACCAAAGAGAUUUAAAGAUGCUACUGAAGUGGGAUGCCAGCCUCUGCCUUUUGCAACAACAUUAUGGGGAGUACAUAGUGCUCAGACAGAGAAAGAGAAAAAAAAAGAAUCUAGCAAUUGUGGAAGAAGAAAUGUUUUUAGUUAUGGGCGAGUUAAAUUAUGUUCCACUGGCUUUAUAACUCAUGUAGUACAAAAUGAAAAAACUAAAUCAACUGAAACAGAACAUUCAUUUAAAAAUUAUGUUAGACCUGGUCCCACACGUGCCCAAGAAACAUUUGGAAAUAGAACACGUCAUUCAGUUGAAAUUCCAGACAUCAAAGAUUUAGCCAGCACUUUAAGUAAAGAAUCUGGUCAAUUGCCCAACAAAAAAAAUUGCAGAACGAAUAUAAGUUAUGGGCUAGAGGAUGAACCUACAGCAACUUAUACAAUGUUUUCUGCUUUUCAGGAAGGUAGCAAAAAAUCAGAUUGCAUAUUAUCUGAUACGUCCCCCUCUUUCCCCUGGUAUAGACACGUUUCCAAUGAUAGUAGGAAAACAGAUAAAUUAAUUGGUUUCUCCAAACCAAUCGUCCGUAAGAAGCUAAGCUUGAGUUCACAGCUAGGAUCUUUAGAGAAGUUUAAGAGGCAAUAUGGGAAGGUUGAAAAUCCUCUGGAUACAGAAGUAGAGGAAAGUAAUGGAGUCACUACCAAUCUCAGUCUUCAAGUUGAACCUGACAUUCUGCUGAAGGACAAGAACCGCUUAGAGAACUCUGAUGUUUGUAAAAUCACUACUAUGGAGCAUAGUGAUGCAGAUAGUAGUUGUCAACCAGCAAGCCACACCCUUGACUCAGAGAAGUUUCCAUUCUCCAAGGAUGAAGAUUGUUUAGAACAACAGAUGCCUAGUUUGAGAGAAAGUCCUAUGACCCUGAAGGAGUUAUCUCUCUUUAAUAGAAAACCUUUGGACCUUGAGAAGUCAUCUGAAUCACUAGCCUCUAAAUUAUCCAGACUGAAGGGUUCCGAAAGAGAAACUCAAACAAUGGGGAUGAUGAGUCGUUUUAAUGAACUUCCAAAUUCAGAUUCCAGUAGGAAAGACAGCAAGUUGUGCAGUGUGUUAACACAAGAUUAUUGUAUGUUAUUUAACAACAAGCAUGAAAAAACAGAGAAUGGUGUCAUCCCAACAUCAGAUUCUGCCACACAGGAUAAUUCCUUUAAUAAAAAUAGUAAAACACAUUCUAACAGCAAUACAACAGAGAACUGUGUGGUAUCAGAAACUCCUUUGGUAUUGCCCUAUAAUAAUUCUAAAGUUACCGGUAAAGAUUCAGAUGUUCUUAUCAGAGCCUCAGAACAACAGAUAGGAAGUCUUGACUCUCCCAGUGGAAUGUUAAUGAAUCCGGUAGAAGAUGCCACAGGUGACCAAAAUGGAAUUUGUUUUCAAAGUGAGGAAUCUAAAGCAAGAGCUUGUUCUGAAACUGAAGAGUCAAACACGUGUUGUUCAGAUUGGCAGCGGCAUUUCGAUGUAGCCCUGGGAAGAAUGGUUUAUGUCAACAAAAUGACUGGACUCAGCACAUUCAUUGCCCCAACUGAGGACAUUCAGGCUGCUUGUACUAAAGACCUGACAACUGUGGCUGUGGAUGUUGUACUUGAGAAUGGGUCUCAGUACAGGUGUCAACCUUUUAGAAGCGACCUUGUUCUUCCUUUCCUUCCGAGAGCUCGAGCAGAGAGGACUGUGAUGAGACAGGAUAACAGAGAUACUGUGGAUGAUACUGUUAGUAGCGAAUCGCUUCAGUCUUUGUUCUCAGAAUGGGACAAUCCAGUAUUUGCCCGUUAUCCAGAGGUUGCUGUUGAUGUAAGCAGUGGCCAGGCUGAGAGCUUAGCAGUUAAAAUUCACAACAUCUUGUAUCCCUAUCGUUUCACCAAAGGAAUGAUUCAUUCAAUGCAGGUUCUCCAGCAAGUAGAUAACAAGUUUAUUGCCUGUUUGAUGAGCACUAAGACUGAAGAGAAUGGCGAGGCAGGUGGGAACCUGCUCGUGCUGGUGGAUCAGCACGCUGCCCAUGAGCGUAUACGUCUGGAGCAGCUUAUCAUUGAGACUGGGAGAUCCUGCUCAAGGAAAGGGAAGCCUUCUGGAGCCAUAAGACUGUGUGGUCAACCCACAUAUGUUCCUGGUAAUCCACAUUAUUCACCUCUGUCAUCAAAACAACAUUUAUUAACUACAGGAACAUUGCCUUGUUCAUCUGAAUAUUCCUACGAGAAGCAACAGGCACAGGGCUCUGGUCGGAAAAAAUUACUGUCUUCUACUCUAAUUCCUCCAUUAGAGAUAACAGUGACAGAGGAACAAAGGAGACUCUUAUGGUGUUACCACAAAAAUCUGGAAGAUCUGGGCCUUGAAUUUGCAUUUCCAGACACUAGUGAUUCUCUGGUCCUCGUGGGAAAAGUACCACUAUGUUUUGUGGAAAGAGAAGCCAAUGAACUUCGGAGAGGAAGAUCUACUGUGACCAAGAGUAUUGUGGAGGAAUUUAUCCGAGAACAACUGGAGCUACUCCAGACCACCGGAGGCAUCCAAGGGACAUUGCCACUGACUGUCCAGAAGGUGUUGGCAUCCCAAGCCUGCCAUGGGGCCAUUAAGUUUAAUGAUGGCCUGAGCUUACAGGAAAGUUGCCGCCUUAUUGAAGCUCUGUCCUCAUGCCAGCUGCCAUUCCAGUGUGCUCACGGGAGACCUUCUAUGCUGCCGUUAGCUGACAUAGACCACUUGGAGCAGGAGAAACAGAUUAAACCCAAUCUCACUAAACUUCGCAAAAUGGCCCAGGCCUGGCAUCUCUUUGGAAAAGCAGAGUGUGAUACAAGGCAGAGCCUGCAGCAAUCCAUGCCUCCCUGUGAGCCACCAUGAGAACAGAAUCACUGGUCUAAAAGGAACAAAGGGAUGUUCACUGUAUGCCUCUGAGCAGAGAGCAGCAGCAGCAGGUACCAGCACGGCCCUGACUGAAUCAGCCCAGUGUCCCUGAGCAGCUUAGACAGCAGGGCUCUCUGUAUCAGUCUUUCUUGAGCAGAUGAUUCCUCUAGUUGAGUAGCCAGAUGAAAUUCAAGCCUAAAGACAAUUCAUUCAUUUGCAUCCAUCCAUUUGCAUUGCUAUAUAGUAUCUACCUUUUGCUACUUAUUUAAUGAUAAAAUUUAAUGACAGUUUGA